GCAAGCAGGCUGGGGAGAGUGUGACAUCUCCGGUUCUUUUGAAGGUUCUGGGCGCGCCAGGAUGAGUCAGUGGUGCAAACUGCAACAGCUGGAUUCUAAAUUCUUGGAACAUGUGCAUCAGCUCUAUGAUGAUAACUUUCCCAUGGAGAUCAGGCAAUACUUGGCACAGUGGCUAGAAAACCAAGAUUGGGACCAUGCCGCUGAAGAUUUUUCAAUGGCUACGUUGCUCUUCCAGAAUCUUCUGUCACAGCUGGAUGAUCAAUAUAGCCGUUUUACCCAGGAGAACAAUUUUUUAUUGCAACACAACAUCAGAAGGAGUAAACGAAACCUCCAUAAUACUUUUGUGGAAGAACCCAUGUAUAUGGCCGUGAUGAUCUCCAAAUGUCUCCAAGAAGAAAGGAACAUCCUGAAAAUUGCAGAGUCCACAAAUCAGAUGCAAACGGACAGUGUGCAAAAUACGGCAACGCUGGGCAAAGUGAAAGAGUUGGAUGCAAAAGUCACAAAUGUGAAGAAUCGUGUCAUAGAAAUCGAGCAAAUGAUAAAAAAUCUCGAGGAUGUUCAAGAUGAAUAUGAUUUCAAAUUUAAAACCUUUCAGGUCAGAGAAUGUGAACCCAACAACAUGACCCAGGAUGACUAUAAAAAAGAAAAAGUGCAGCUCCACACCAUGAAUUUGCAGCUUCACAGUAAAAGACAGGAUGUGCUACACUUGAUAUCCUCUUCGUUGCCUGUGAUUGAAAAUACCCAAAAUGCUCUGAUAACAGAAGAGCUGGUUGAAUGGAAGCAUCGACAACAGAUGGCUUGUAUUGGCGGCCCACCCAACGCCUGUCUAGAUCAGCUUCAAAACUGGUUUACCUCGGUGGCUGAGAGCCUUCAGCAGAUUCUUCAGCAGAUUAAAAAAUUGGAGGAGCUGGAACAGAAAUUCACCUAUGAAGGUGAUCCCAUUACCCAACAGAAGAAAGGGCUGUAUGAGCGGACAUGGAGUCUCUUCAAGCAGCUCAUUCAAAGCUCCUUUGUUGUAGAAAGACAGCCUUGCAUGCCUACGCAUCCUCAGAGACCAUUGGUUCUGAAGACUGGAGUACAAUUUACAGUAAAGUUGAGAUUGCUGGUGAAGCUCCAAGAGCUGAAUUACAAAUUGAAAGUGCAAGUUCAGUUUGAUAAAGACGUCAGUGAGAAAGUCACAGUGAAAGGGUUUAGAAAAUUCAACAUCUUGGGGACAAAUACCAAAGUAUUGAACCUGGAAGAGUCAAACGGGAGCCUAUCAGCAGAAUUUAGACACUUGCAAUUAAAAGAGCAAAAGAAUGUUUCAAGAUCUAAUGAGGGUCCUCUCAUUGUAACUGAAGAACUCCAUUCCCUCUGUUUUGAGACAAAAUUGGAACAGAAUGGCCAUAUAAUUGAACUGGAAACCACUUCCCUUCCAAUUGUUGUGAUCUCAAACGUCAGCCAAUUACCAAGUGGAUGGGCUUCCAUUUUAUGGUACAAUAUGCUGACGGACGAACCCAAGAAUUUGUCCUUCUUCCUUAAUCCACCAUGUGCAAGAUGGUCACAACUUUCUGAAGUGCUGAGCUGGCAGUUUUCUUCUGUCACAAAAAGGGGACUCAGUUCAGAUCAGCUGGACAUGAUCGGGGAGAAGUUGCUUCCAAAUGGAUGUACUCCAGAUGGCCUUAUUUCAUGGGCAAGAUUCUGCAAGGAAAACCUGAAUGAUAAAAAUUUCACCUUUUGGCUGUGGAUUGAAGGGAUCCUUGAAUUGAUUAGGAAACACUUGCUCUUCCUCUGGAACGAUGGGCACAUCAUGGGCUUUGUCAGCAAGGAGCAAGAGCGCAUCCUGCUUAAGGAAAUGGAGACAGGAACGUUUCUUUUGAGGUUCAGUGAAAGUAGUCGAGAAGGAGCGAUCACUUUCACCUGGGUGGAAGGGCCAGCAAACGAUCCAUCCUUCCACUCUGUGGAGCCCUAUACAAAAAAGGAACUCUCUGCCGUCAGCCUGCCGGAUAUCAUUCGCAAUUACAAAGUGAUGGCGGCUGAAAAUUUCCCCGAGAACCCACUGAAGUACCUGUAUCCAUGCACUCUCAAAGACAACGCAUUCGGAAAAUACUACUCCAGACCCAAAGAUUCUUCGGAACCCAUGGAUGUGGUUUCUGGAGGCAAAGGAUAUAUCAGAACUGAACUAAUCUCUGUAUCUGAAGUCCACCCUUCCAGACUGCCUGGCCCCGAGGCCCUUCUGCCUAUGUCCCCGGAAGAAUUUGAUCAGGUAGUGCAAGAGGUAACUUCUGCAGAAAUUAUGAUGUGUACGGACUGUACACCAUGAACCCUGGCUAGGCCUGCUGGCAUAAAGUCUUGAGUGUGUCCUCUUUACGUGCAGUUCCCAGAACCCACAGGAGUCUCAUCAUUUUUAGUCUCUUAGGCUCUAUACCUUGUAGUGUUGAGUACUUUGGUUUUUACUGCAAGAGCGGCUUGAACCUUCCGAAAUGCUUACUUGCUACUAAAAAUAUUUAUCUAGUAAUCCUGUACGUAGCUGUUUUCAUGGUGUUGUGUUCAAUAAUAUUUCCAGGUUUUAUAUAUAAGGUUGCUUAGGUUCAGUUUGACCCAUGUGUGAAAAGCUACAGGUCUCAGACUCUUAGGAUUAUCUUUUUAUCUUGGGGUAGAUGCUUCGAAAUUAGUGCUGCCACACCACUAGUCGGUCAGUACGUUCCAACAACUUCUGCUGCCCUUCUGAUGAAUAAAAGGUAAAUAUGAAUUAAUUUCUAUAACAUAGUUUCCUUGUGAGACUGCAAUAAUUUCAACCUUCUGCCCCCGUUCCUCUCCAGCGUUAAAGUCUAAGGUAACAUUCCUUUUUACAGUAACUCAGAUACUGCAAAUAAUUACAGUUUACAAAAAUGCAUGUGCUUCUUUUGGCAGAUCAUAAGACAGUGAUCAGUGAUCUCAGGAGAAAGACUGGUCAAGUUACUAGCUCCCUAGAAAUAUUAAAAGAGAACAGCAAAACUUGAAAUCUCUGAAAUUGCACAGAAAGUCCGACGUGUGCAAAGAAUAGAGUUCAGAGAAUAAGGGUUCUCACAUACACAAAAAAUAAUUAUGAUUUUAAAGACAAAGUCUAAUCAGAGCAAUUACCUGUUCCUUGGAGUACCCUGAAUUCUGAAGCAAAGUGCAUGAAGCAAAGUGUCCCUGAAUCUUUUUGGCCUCGUCAGAUACUUUUAACCACAUAUUGAAUUUGUCAGGUGGUAAGCUUAACUUACUUUUCCGAGUCUAGGCACCCCAACAACUGCUUCCCAUCUUCCUGUUCUUCCAGAAAUUGGCAAAAGCAAUCCAAGUAAACACCACUGGUGUUUGUUAUCGUAUUAAAUUGCAUGCAAUGUGAUCUUUGUUAUUGAGGGAAAGAAGGUUCUUCACACAAAUGUCAUCAGAGUGCUAGGAAAUUCAAGACAGGGUACAUUUUGUGUCAUAUUGCCUGUAAUGAUCAUAGCUAUUGUUAAGUAAUUAAUAAAGUGAAUUUAUUGCAGUCUUCUAUGGACUUUUUUCAUCCUGGUCCCACUUAACAGCAACUAGGUGUGUAUUACUCCCUUCAAUAUUUACCAAAUGCUUCUUUAGACAAACAAACAUUGCCCCCUUAUAUAUUGAGAACAAAAGGGUAGACUUAACUAGGUUUUAGGGCAAUGGCACCACAAUGGACAACCUUACAACAUAGUACGCUUCCACAGAAUGCAGACUGGAUGUGAGAGAGAAAAAAUAUCCAAGCUUACUACCUUUAUUUAUUUAACUUUAUUUUAUUUGGCCUGUUUAUUAUUCUUAAAAUGCAAUGCAUUUGGAUUUGUAAUCCUGAAAAUAAAUCUUACCUUCAGAAUGGUUACACUGAAAUUUAAGUCAUAGGAAAAUGGCGACAAGCAAAGAAUACAUUCAUCAUGGUUUAUUCCCUAUAAUAAAGCCAAAUGUCAAGCCAAAUCAGUCAGUUGCUCAUCAGGUCAGUAAAGUCACUGAUAAUCCUGCCCUGAAGCUAAAAAUGGUGCCAGUGCACUGCAACACAAACAUAAACACACUCGCACACACAAAUGAGAUAGUAGAAUAAGGUGGCUGUAGUACUAAUAAAGCUCACUUUUAGAUGGAAUAAAUAAAAAUGUUUAAAAUUCACUGUUGCAUUAUUUUUGAAUGAAACCAUGGGAGGCAAAAGCAAAACUGAACU